AUUCAGUCCUCUCUCUCUCUAUAUGGAAGAGAGAUUCAGACCCACUUUCUCUCUCUAAAAGGAAAGAUUCCAACCACUCCCACUAAAUCCCUCAAGUAUAGACAUUUCGAACCAGCUCUCUCUCUCUACUGGCUCUUUCCUUCCUGCCCACUGUACUAAUCUUCUUGGGUUUUUCGUUUUAUAUUGUUUUUGCUCUCUCUCUCUCUUUCUCUUCUCUCUCUCUCUCUCUCUCUCUCUCUCUCUCUCUGGAACAAAUGCCGUUCAAGUCCAGGAUUAAAUGGGCAGGUUUGGUUGGUCUCGUGUUAUCGGUUUUCUCUCUCUUGACCCAUCUCAUACUAGCCAGAUAUUCAGGUCGAUACCUGGUGCAAAACGCAGCUGCCAUCACCAUUUUCAGAUGGAAGCCCAUAUUUUCAAACGUGGAUCUCAGACCCACUAGUGCAAAGUAUGCGAGAUUAUGGGGACCUGUGAAGCCUCUUGAAUCUUUACAUCCACAUGCAAAUCCCAGGACUAGCUACAAAGGUCCUGAUUUGAAGAACAAAGGUUUUAUAUUCAUCAAGAUACGUGGAGGUUUCCAUGAGAUCAGGAAUUCGAUAUGCGAUGUAGUAGCUAUUGCGAGGCUUCUCAAUGCUGCUUUGGUUAUUCCAGAGCUUCAAUCGACUACUAGCACCAAGGGGAUAAGCUCUAGGUUCAAAAGUUUUGGGUACCUUUAUAAUGAGGAUCAGUUCAUUACUUCACUAUCAAAGGAUAUUCUCGUUGUGAAGGGCCUUCCUAAAAAUUUUAAGCUAGCAAGAAAGAAGAAUGAAAUCCCAGUUUUUGCACCUCCAUUUUCAGCAUCCCCCAAGUUUUAUCUUGAUCGAGUUCUUCCUGUACUAAAACAACAUUCAGUUGUUGAACUUCUUGUUUAUGAUGGAGGAUGCUUGCAGGCUCUUUUGCCCUCAUAUCUUGAAGAACUCCAGAGGCUUAGAUGCAGGGUGUCUUUCCAUGCCCUUAGAUUCCGUCGAGAGGUGCAAGAACUUGGCAACAGAAUAGUGCGUCGGUUACAGGCUUCUGGUCGGCCUUUUCUAGCUUAUGAUCCAGGAAUGACUAAAGAUGCUCUUGCCUAUCAUGGUUGUGCCGAAUGCUUCCAGGAUGUUCAUUCGGAGCUUACACAACAUAGACGCCUAUGGAUGAUCAAGCACCAUAUCAUUAACGGGAAGCUAUCUGUGGAUUCCAUGCUGCAACGUCUUAAGGGGUCUUGUCCACUCAUGCCUGAGGAGGUCGGCAUUCUUCUCCGUGCAUAUGGCUACCCAUCCGACACAAUUAUAUAUGUUUCUGGUGGAGAAUUAUUUGGAGGGCAAAGGACCAUGAUACCUCUACAUGCGAUGUUUGAUAAUGUGGUUGAUAGGACAUCUCUCUGCACUCCUAAGGAGCUUUCCAAAAUUUAUGGCCACGAAGAUAACCAAGUUGGUCCUUCUCAUUUGUCAUCUAUCAUUAGACAAGAUACAAAGGUUAAGCCAUGGAAGAUAGCUGGUCCAAGACCUCGUCCACUCCCUCCACCUCCAGCAAGGCCCAAGUAUCCAUACAAUGUUGAGGGAUGGUGGGGUUGGGUUGGGGAAAUGGAUAAAGAGCCACAGUUAACAAUUGAAGAGUUCAGAACCCAAGCCCACAGGUUACUUUGGGAAGCAAUUGAUUACAUAGUCUCUGUGGAAGCUGAUGCUUUUAUUCCUGGAUUCGAUCGUGAUGGAAUGGGUCAUCCAAAUUUUGCAAGCUUGGUGAUGGGUCAUAGGCUUUAUCAAUCCCCUGCUUCUAAGACAUUCCGUCCUAACCGAAAAUUAGUUACAAAACUCUUGGAGGAUAUCCGUGAACACUUGUACCAAGCCAACAGCACCUGGUUGACAUCAGUAAGGCGGCACCUCACCAAGUCAGUGAUCGAGGGCCUAGAAAAAGCAUCCUUGACCGCGAAGCCACUCUCUUUUCUCUCACACCCAGUGCCUGAAUGCUCAUGUUUAGGGAACAUGAGCACAAAACACACCCCACCUCAUUCAAUAGCCUCAAAAGAGAACAUAACCCUCAGGGUCGAUUACCAAUGCCCAGCUUGGAUGGAGACUAGGACAUUUAUGUCUCAGCCUAAUAAAGAUAAGCAAGAAGAAGAGGACUUAGAUGAAGCUGAUGCAAUUGCAGGGAAAUUCUUUCAACAAGGCCGGGGUGGUGGGGCCUAUGCGAAUGGCAAAGAAGAGGUUCAAAUAUUGGAUCAAGAGGAGCUGGAGGGUGGGGAUAGAUAGCAUAGCUAGAAGAAAACCGAUUUUCUUUUUUGAGGGAGUGACCAAUGUUAAUUGAAUCCGUGCACAAGGAUCCAUGCACAAUAAUAUUGGGGAAAUUGGAUACAACCCAUUAUUUAUUCUUUUGGGAAAUUUACCAAGGAAUAUCUAAUCCAUGGUUAAAUGCCUUGGAUACAAAUUUGUGACCACUUAGUGCUUAGGAUCAGCAAUGAGUCAAUUGGAAAGCUUCCAAAAGGAUGGCAUUCUAUGUUACCUUGGGACAUGCAUGGAUGAGAUACUCUUUUGUUGGUGCUAGUGCUGCCUGCAUAGAAUUUGAAGCCGGGAUGAACUCGUAAGAGUUAUUUUUGGGGAGAGCUAAUCUGAUAAUGCUUAGAUGCGAGGUAGGACUGUAUUUUUUUUUUAUUGUUUUGGAUUGUGAAUUAUUGUAGUUUAUAUUAUCUCUACAUAUUUCAGGUUUGUAGAGCAUCUGCAGGGGGGUUUUUGGGGUCGAGGCCUUGUAAUUUAACAGUGAAAGGAAUUGGUUUUGAUGAAUGUGAUGUCCAAUCAUGCAGUAUGGAUGUUUUUUUUUU